AAUUCAUUCCCUUUGGUGACGUUGUCUUGUGCCUGAAUCCAACGCUCCGAUCACCCGACCGUGACCAUGGCGAAGAUUGCCGUUCCGCAUGCACGGAGUUUUGUAGAUCAAGGCAAAGCUUGACUGAUCCUCGCUUCUGGCUACUACUAGCUAGAGUUCCGUAUCAGAAGUGCAGCAUCUACUUUCCUGAAGACUGUGUUCCGAGUAGGCUGAUAAUUGCGUUGAUCUUACAGUAUCCUUGUUCAUCAUCAUCAUGGACGGCCACCAACAAGUUCCAACCUUUGCGGUGCUUCCACCACCCGCGCAUCAACAGCAAGCACAGCAGCAACAGCACUAUGCCAUGCAGGCGGCUCCUCCUCCCACGCCUCAACCGCAACCCUUGCAGCACAAGUACAGCAGUACAGCCUGGAAUCUGGCCAGGAAGGCUCAUUUGGACAAUCGCAUGUUGACGACCAAGACGACCGAUGUGGAGACCGAAGAUGGACGCAUCUCCAAUGUGGAAGCUGCCGAAAAGAUCAAGGAUGCAUGGAUGUACAAACAGAUUCGGGCGAGACGUGAUGAAUUCACGCACUACAGACAGGCCAUGCUGUUUAUAGGUUCCUGGAAUGUCAAUGCCAAGGGCAAAGAGGAAUCUCUAGACUCUUGGAUCUGUGCUGAUUGGGGGCCCAAUGGAGAAUAUGCUCCAGAUCUCGUGGCUGUGGGUUUUCAAGAAAUUGUCGAUCUCAAUGCCGUCAAUGUCGCAGUCGAUAACAAGACACAACAACGCUCCCAGUUUUGGGUCGAACGACUCAUGGCAACACUUAAUUCGCCCCACAAUACACGCAACGAUCCCAAUCGACAAUACUUUUUGUUGCAACAGAAAAGCAUGGUCGGGCUUCUUGUCUGUGUCUUUUGCAAGGCACCUCAUAAGGAUCGUGUUCGCUACAUCAAUUCCACCGCUGUAGGAGUGGGUGUCAUGGGCAUGUUGGGGAACAAGGGUGGCGUCGCUGUUCGUGUUCAAUUCUACGAUUCUACACUCUGUUUUCUUUGUACCCACUUGGCAGCUCAUCGUGAAAAUGUCACGGGACGCAAUCAAGAUUUUGCCAACGUUUUCAACAAGUCCCUCUUUGAAAUUGGGGAAGAAGCCACUCGAGAAGCCAUCUACUCGGGGAGCAUGUCCCAUUGGGAAAUUGGUGCCACAUCCGUCAAUGUCAUUGAUCACGACCUCAUUUUCUGGUUGGGCGAUUUGAAUUAUCGUAUUGACGAAUCCAUGCCCACCGAUAAGGUGCUCGAGUAUGCCGAAACGGGCAAAUUCGCUGAAAUGCGCAAAUUGGAUCAACUCAACGUCGAACGUGCCCAUGGACGAGCAUUUGAGGGAUUCGAAGAAGGUGUCAUUCAAUUCCCACCCACGUACAAGUACCAACCUGGUACGGACGGAUACGACAAACGACCCGAAAAGAAAUUGAGGGCACCGGCAUGGUGUGAUCGCAUCUUGUGGAUGGCACUGGAGCCGGCACAUGUACAGCAACUCACCUACAAUCGCUCCGAACAACCCAACGUGUCGGACCACAAGGCGGUGUAUUCCACCAUGAAGAUUACCAUCAAGGAUGUCGUGAGGCCCAAACGAGCGGCCAUUCACAACGAACUCAUGAAGUUGCUGGAUCGAUUCGAGAAUCAGACACUGCCCAUGGUCGGGUUGGAUCGUGUCAAUCUGGAUUUUGGAGAAAUUCAUUACGAUCGGUCCAAGAGCAUGCCCAUUCAAAUCACCAAUACUGGCAAUGUCGUGGCCAAGUACCGCUUUGUGCCCAAGUUGGAUGAGAACACGCUGUGCAAACCCUGGAUCAAGGUCGAACCACCCUACGGACUCAUCAUCCCCGGAGAUCAACCUGCGACUAUCAACGUGACAAUCACAGUGGAUCGACACACGGCACAACUUCUCAAUCAAGGACGAGAAGUCCUCGAUGACAUUUUGAUUCUUCGUUUGGAAAACGGACGGGAUUACUACAUUACCAUCAAGGCUGCAUAUGCUCGUUCUUGCUUUGGAAUGUCCGUCGAUGAGCUUGUCAUGUAUUCCGAUCCCAUUCGAAAUGUACCGCUCGAUCCCAUCAAACGGGCCGAAAAGUACGACCCCAAUCCGUCCAAUGCUCUCUGUGUCCCCAAGGAACUUUGGAGACUGAUUGAUGCGAUCUUUGAAAAGGGAUUGCAAGAACCAGAUCUGUUUGUCGAUCCAGGGGAUCCAGAAGACGUUAAAAAGAUUCGAGAAUGCUUGGACACGGGAGCUCCAUUCGGACAGUACAAAACGCUUUCCUAUGCCGAAGCUCUUCUCGAGUUCUUCUCCAGUCUCUCUAUUCCCAUCGUGCCACCAACGCUGUUCCCAACGUUGGAGAUUGAUUCCCAGAACAUUCAAUCUUCGGCACGACGAUUCUUGGAAGAGCUUCCACCGGUUCAUUACAAUGUUCUUCUCUAUGUCAUUUCAUUCUUUCGUGAGGCCCUCGUUUAUCGGGAAAGGAAUCGUCUGACGGCAGCCAAGUUGGCCCGCAUCUGCAGCAACCACAUGGCGCCACCGAGUUCCGGCAUGGACGACUCGACAGCGGCGCAAAGGCGAUCUGGAAUGCAGCUGAUUAUGGUGCAUUUGCUGGAAACCAAUUCGAUCUAGAGAGUCGAGUCGAGUCAUGGUUCUAAACAGAUCCGAACGUCAAUGUCCAACGACACAUUUCUUUCUUUUCAGUUUGCUACGGUCUCAAUGACAGUGCCCCCAUUUGCAUUCCAAUACUAUCGAAUCGAUUUGCGUAAAGUGAUAGUUGACUUGUUGAUUGUGUU